AUGGAUCCCGCCGCAUACGGCGAACUCUUGAACGGGGCUAACCUUCGUGCCUCCCACUUCCACGUCUACGAGGCCAUUCCUAAGCUUCGCGGCGAAGUAAAUUGGUCGACGUGGAAAAGAGACUUUUGCGAAGCUCUCGAGGCCCAAGGCUCAGCAAAUCUUGGGAUCUUGCGCGGUGAGAGCACCGCCCCAACCGAGCCAAUCGCGCAGGCUGUCACUCAAAGGGAAGCCGAAAUCCUCUGCUACCAAGACGUUAUGUCAACGGAAGAAUUUGAGGCCUUCCGUACAGUAGACUACGACAAGUCUGCCACUUCCGGGGAUCAAAUGACCCGAGCACCCACUAUCAACGCCAAAUUGGCUUCCAUUGAGGAAGCCAAUGCUAAGGAGCGCGAGGUGUACGGCAAAAACCUUACCUCUUUCACUAUCGCAGCAAACCAAGUUUGGCAUUACAUGAAAGCAUGCGUUGGAGACAACGCCCUCGAAGCCAUUGCGUCCAUUCGGGACCCACACGAAGCCUUCGAAAGACUCCGUGUCUUGUACGGACCACCAUCGCCCCAAAUCAAUAUUCAUCGUUGGAAGGCAUUAGCCGAGAUCCGCUACACUGGCAAAAAUGCUGCUGAGUACAUACGUCGCUUCCAACAGAUCCGAGUUGAGUGGGAAGAGUGCAUCGGUCACCGAGUCGAUUUCGAAACCGAAUACAGUGCUUUCAUAGCAUCAAUUCUCGACAAUCCCCGGUGUACUACUUUCGUCCAAAACUUCCAGCCAACCACCGCACAAGCGAUGUACCAUGAUUUCCUUACUUCGGAAACCAACCAACAGCCCUUCCAAAGCUUCCGGCCUACCGAAAAGGGUGAAUUUAUCGAUUCGCCAGAGCAUACCAUUCCCACGGUCUCCAGAAACAAGGGCAAAGAGGGCCAAUCUGCCAAGGAAUCCCCAAACUUCCAGCCUGCUGAUAAGCCUGGAACUCGAUGGUGCCCAUAUCACCAGCGAUGGGUCAAACACGCCGAAGAAGACUGCCGCGGGAAACCAACCCAGUUGAUCCCCGAGAAUCGACGCAUUGUCGCAGCUCCAUACAGCCACAACACUGAUUCAGUGCAAAUCAUGAAUCAACUUAGUGAUCUGUUGCCGUCAGCUCUCUAUUCCCCAGAUGUCGACCAUCCCAGACUUCCAGUACGCACCCACGUUGGCACAUCAACUUCCAAUGGUGCUCAAUACACCAAUUAUGCAGCUCCACACGUCGCAUCCGUCCCCGACAACCCUCAAUUGCGCCCAACCAUUCCUCCUCGCUCCCUCCGGGUGAUCAUCGACCCUUGCCGCGACGAAGCUACAAUUACCAAUUUAUUUGGCCACCGUGACCAUCAUUGA